CACACACACCAACCAAGACUUAUUUGGUUAAAACACCAGAGGGCCAUGGUCCUCCAUGGGGGGCUGGUCCUGGGACUCCACAUCUUGAUGACCCUCCUGAGUCCCCAGAAAGCUGGGGCCAUCAAGGCAACGCGUCCACUCUGCAAGGACUAACUCAGUGUCAGAAGAGGACUCUGCGCUCCGUGCAGAAACUCAACACGUCUCAUGUCCCGAGACCGACAUUUUUCUUUUCUCCCCCUGACCCUGAACUCACCCGACACAGCUGACCACAUGGGCUCCUAUGGACCAGCCUUCUACCAGUCCUAUGACAGCUCAGGUCAGUUCACCUACGAUUUCGAUGGGGAGCAGCUCUUCUCCGUGGACCUGAAGAAGAGGGAGGCUGUGUGGCGUCUGCCUGAAUUCAGCAACUUCGCCGACUUUGACCCGCAGAAUGGGCUGAGAGGCAUUGCACUGAUCAGAGCCCAUCUGGACGUCUUGGUGGAGCGCUCCAACCAUACCAGAGCCACCAAUGUGCCUCCAAGGGUGACCGUCCUCCCCAAGUCCCCUGUGGCGCUGGGCCAGCCCAACGUCCUCAUCUGCAUCGUGGACAACAUCUUCCCCCCUGUCAUCAAUAUCACUUGGCUGCACAACGGCCAGACGGUCACCGAGGGGGUGACCCAGACCAGCUUCUAUGCCCAGCCCGACCACUCGUUCCGGAAGUUCCACUACCUGGCCUUCGUGCCCUCGGCAGGCGACUUCUAUGACUGCAAAGUGGAGCACUGGGGUCUGGACGAGCCGCUCUUUACGCACUGGGAGCCCCAGGUGACUAUGCCGCUGCCAGACACCACAGAGACCCUGGUCUGUGCCCUCGGCCUGGCGCUUGGCCUGGUGGGCUUCCUCGUGGGCGUCACUCUUAUCAUCACAGGCAGAUGCCGGUCCAGCGCCCCCAGGUAAUGAUCCUUCUGAGAGGCUGGGAUGUGAGAGAGACCCCCCGCCCCAGCUUCCUCGCAAGUUUCUGACAGCCCGGAAUACUUGGCUCCACCAUCCACCAAGUGCAUCCCGGCGGAGCUGCCUUUCAGUGGCAUCAACCUGUAGCCUAGAUGCCUCCUCCUUCUUUGGUCCCAGUACUCAUGGCAGGACUUCUGGGGGAGCACCAACUAGCUCCCCUCCCCACCUCCAAUAUGCACUCUUGCUCCACCCAAAGCCCCCCGCUAGCUGCAGUAAAAUUUUAAACAGUG